UCACAACAACGGGUCUUACUGACAGCAGCCUGCUGCAACCAGAGGAAGCUGGUAACUGUAGAAAAGCCCGUGUGUAGAGGAGGACCUUCAGUUGCUGUUGUUGUCCGGUGAACAUAAUGGUCCAGAGCCACAACAAUCUGCACAACGGUGCUGUUUGCGUGCACCUGAUGGUGUGAGGACCCGGUGAGGGGAGACUCGUGCGCAAACAUGCGGAUCUUUCUCCCUUUGCUGUGCGUUCUGUGCGGCGCGCGGGUCCGGGCCACUUUCGUCGGAACCUGUCCCAGAAAAGAGCCUCCCCCUGGUGUGUUGGUUGUAUCCCCGGGCAGUAGGUUGGUUUUGACCUGCAGUGGCCGUGUGGAGGUGGACGGGGUGAAGGUCAGCAUUCACAGAAACAGUUCAAACAUCCGAAGAGGGAGUUCUUCUAAUGCAACCACUGUAAACAUUAUGAGCAAAACUGGAGUUUGGAUGAAAAUGAAAAAACAUACUGUGAAUGAGGGAUACCAGUCUAACUCAACUUCAGCUGCAGAAAGCAGAAGCCUCAGACUUACAGAUACAGGAUAUACAGCUUCUAGCAGCACUCACACAGUCUGGCCAACCAGUGUGAACAGACAACUAAAGGGUGAAGAGGUGGAUGGCAUGGGCGACUAUGGGGAAGAGGAUGAAGCGGCGGAAGGGAGCAGCAGAGUGACAAGGGGCACAAAGUCCAGGUGGCAGUGGAAGUGGAUCAGUGAGACAGUGGAGAAAGGAGACAGCGGAGAAGCCACAUUUGAGAGGAGAGGGGCUGCACUGACUCUGUCCUCGGUAAGACUGGCGGACUCUGGGAGGUACACUUGUCAUUACAGAGGCAGAGAGAGGUCCUCCUUCAAAGUGAACGUUGCAGAUCCUCCAGAGACUCCCAGCCUGUCCUGCUACAAAAGGUCACCCAGCAGUAAGAUUCGCUGUGAAUGGGCCCUUCAGAGGCCCCUCCCUAUAUGGCCGACCUGUUAUCUCCUACUCAGUAAAAGCCCCACACAGGCGUUCCUUCGAUCGCAGUGCUCAUACUCAUCUCGGAGCUCCCGCUGUUGGUGUGCUCUGGACCACAACGAGGACGAGCAGAGAACCCUUCACAUGGCCUACCUGUGUGUGACGAGCAUCGCAGGAAACGCCACCAGCGCCCUGCUGCACUUCCUACCUCUAAACAUUUUAAAGCCUGACCCUCCAUCGGAUGUGGGAGUUCAACAGGAGGAGGGACAGGAGAUGAGGAUGACCGUUACCUGGAGUUUGCCGAACUCCUGGAAGUCUCAAGAAAGCUAUUAUGUACUAACCUACGAGAUCAAAUACCGACCUCUCAACUCCUUGUUAUAUCACGGCCAGAUACAGGCGAUGAAGGAGCGCUCCUACACAAUCACUGAUGCAAUGCCUGGUGUUGAGUACUCGAUACAACUCAGAACCAAGGAAGAGUACGAUGGUCAGUGGAGUGACUGGAGCGAACCUGUCCAUGCCCGCAGUUGGUUGAGGUCAACAACUAAAGGGUCAUUCGAGUUGUUGAUGGAUGAUCUCUCCCCAACGUUUCCAGUAUACACAGACAACGAGGGCAGCUCUGGUACAGAUGUUGGUGUGUUUGUUGAUCCUGAACCAGUCCAAAGUGGUGCAGAGGUGUCACGUCAUGUCCUGUGGAUCUCUGGUUCCUUUGCUCUCUUGUCUCUUGUCCUUUUAGCUGCUUACAUAUUCAGACACAAGGAAAGAUUUAUGCAUGUCGUCAUAAAGUGUGGUGAUUCUCUGCGGCCUCCGCCUUCCACCCCAACACCUCCAGAAGGGCAGACUCUGGUGGCCUUUGCCCCUCCUCAUUACAAAAAAACCCCACAGAGUGAAGUGGAAGAAGGGGAAGAAGAACAGCGGCUGAAGGAGAGGGUAGAAGCCAUGCACUUCAACAACACAAGUUAUUUCUUUCUCGAUAGAACUCAUGACCAGGCGGAAAAGGGAAUAAAACUAUCCAGUGUCACAGAUGACUAAAGGAUAUUGGACUUGAAAUUGUUAUUGUUUUCCAAUGAGCUUCUGUUGGACGCAAACUCUGGAACUGCUUGUAAUCUGUCUCUCUUUCUACUGUCUUAUUAAAUAAUGCCUAAAAUAUCUCUCAAA